UGAGUCGUUAAAACGACGCUCGGUAAAACUAGCUCGUUGUCCACAUUUAACAGUCACAAUGAACGUGAUUUUCGUUGAAAGCUAAACGAUAAUGAGAUAACAUUCAUUGUUGUUAUUGUUGACUAGCUUUAGCUGCUCUACAGUUCGCUGGAUAAUGGGGAAAUCGAAGACUAAGAACCAGAAGAAGUCCCGAGCAACAGCUAACCAUGUGGCCGAGGAGAACUUCAGCGCUGUUCCCCACUCCUUCGUGUUCAACCGAGGUCAGAUUGGGAAGACCGUGGGUCAGCUCAUCCUGGACGUGCGGAAAGUCAUGGAGCCGUUCACUGCCGAGUCCUUGAAGGUUAGGAAGAAGAACGUGCUGAAGGACUUUGUCGCCGUAGCAGGACCACUGGGAGUGACUCACUUCAUGAUGUUCAGCAAGACUCCCAGCUCUAUUCACCUGAGACUGGCUCGACUUCCCAAAGGUCCCACCCUUAAUUUCCGAGUGCUCAAGUAUGCUCUUGUCAAAGAUGUGGUUUCAUCGCUGAAGAAGCACCGGAUGCACGAGCAGCAGUUCACGCACCACCCGCUACUUAUCCUCAAUAACUUUGGAUCUGAUGGCAUGCAUGUCAAACUCAUGGCCACCAUGUUUCAGAACAUGUUUCCUUCCAUUAAUGUGCAACGGGUAAGCCUCAAUAAUAUCCGGAGGUGUGUGCUGCUGAAUUACAACCCAGUGACCAAGGAAAUUGAAUUCCGUCAUUACAGCAUGAAGGUCGUCCCAGUGGGCAUGAGCCGCGGAGUCAAGAAGCUGAUGCAGGAGAAGUUCCCAAACAUGAGCAAGUUUGAGGACAUCAGUGAGCUGAUGAUAAAAGGGGCAAACCUCUCAGAAAGUGAAGCGGAGCAAGACGGGGAGCACAACAUCACCGAACUACCGCAGGUCUACGCCGGCCGAGGCAACAUGGCGUCCCAGCAGAGUGCCGUCCGUUUGACCGAGAUUGGUCCUCGCAUGACUCUGCAACUGUCGAAGAUCGAGGAGGGCAUGGCAGAUGGGAAUAUCCUUUAUCACACCGCCAUCUCAAAGACGGAGGAGGAAAUUCUGGAGAUCCUGAAGAGGAAGGAGGCCCAGCUGAAGGAGAAGGCCGGUCGCCGGAAAAAGCAGGAGCAGGAUGUUGCUGAGAAGAAGGAAAAAAGAGACCUAAACAAGAAAAGGAGUCUGGAAGGCAUAAAAAAGAAACAAGCGGAGGCUGAGGAGGACAGUGAGGUGGAGGAUCCCGGCAUGCCCGAUGGUCAGGUUGCUGCGGUUGAAUCUGAUGAUGAGGAGGAGUACUACAGACAGGCUGUAGGACAGGAGCCAGAUGAAGACAUGUUCCCCGCUAACAAGAGGAGGCAUACCUCAGAGAGAAAUCGGGGACCUGCCAAGAAGAGGAAGAUGUCACCGGGUCAACCAUUUAGAAAAGACAGGGACACGAGAUCACCCAAAAGAAGUGGUCCAGGAGGAUACGGAGACACGAGAUCACCCAAGAGAAGCGGUCCAGGAGGAUACGGAGACAAAACGAGAAAGGGCUGGAAGAAAUCUGGGGACGGGGAUAAAUCAUUUGGAAGGAAAAUGAAGCCCGGAGGAAAUGCGUUCGGAGCAAAGAAGCUUGGCGAUAGGGACAACAAAUUUGGCGGGAACAAAACAUUCGGUGGAAAUAAGGACAAAUCCUUCAAAUCUAAAGGUUCGAAAGGCAAACCGGCCUUCAAGAAGAAGGGCUCAGGAGUAAAGCAUGGCUCUAAACAGAGGAAGGGGAAAGGUGGCAGCAAACACCCAGUUGCCUUUAAACCAAUGGAGCCCAGUUUCUCCAAGUGUGAGAAGUUCCAGAAGGCCCUGCUGCCCUCCGUGUACGGCGUGGAGUUCCUCGUGGCUCUGGCCGGAAACCUGUUCGCCCUGCGGCUGCUGGCGGUCCGAGAGAGACGGAGCUGGCACACCGGGGUCGUCCUGGCCUGCAACCUGGCCGUCAGCGACCUGCUGUACGUGCUCACCCUGCCCCUGCUCAUCGUCUACUACGCGCUGGACAAGCACUGGGUGUUUGGCGACGCCGUGUGCAGACUCGAGAAGUUUCUUUUCACCUGCAACCUCUACGUGAGCAUCUUCUUCAUCAUGGCGAUAAGCGUGAACCGCUGUGUGGCCCUCCGGUUCCCCUUCUUCACCCGAUCCCACGUCGAGCCCGGCCACGCCAAGGCCGCCAGCGUCCUCAUCUGGGUCCUCGUCGGCGUCAUCUCCUGCCCCGUGCUGCACUUCUCCUCAGUUUGCCCCACUGAGCACAACCUCACGACCCUGUGCGUGUCCUUCUGCGACCACAGGCUCGGGGAUGAAAGCCCUCACUUUGCGUACAGAACGUUCCUGGCUGUGUUUGGUUGUCUGGUUCCCUUCCUGGUGACUUUCUCUUCUUACUUUGUGGUGAUUUCGGUGGUGUGGAAAAACGCCAGCGUCACCACACUGGAGAAACGUAAAGUGGCCCUGUUGGUCUCAUCGGUGCUGGUGCUUUAUGCCAUUUCCUUUGUGCCGUACCACAUCUUCCAGCUCUAUCACCUGUACAUGAGAAUCCACAACCCCAACAGCUCGGUGUGUUGGGUGUAUGACUCGUACCAGGUGUCCAAGGGACUGGCCACUCUGAACAUGUGCAUCCAUCCAGUCCUCUACAUGGCUCUGGUGGACAGUAUGCGAGUAGCUUGCUGUGGGAAGAGCCCGGAGGACGACCACCACAGGGGGGCGAGGAGGAAGGAGAGAGCUGCUGCGUGACAGCUUUUCUGGGAACUUCAUCAUCUUUUCAUGCUGUGAAAAUGUGUCUGGGUUAUUUCUGAAGCGAUGAAUUUGCAGCAUAAUCCUCUGUGAUAAGGAUUUCUUUAUUGCUGUAGUGUGCUUAGUUUGUAUUCUGAUUAUCAUCAUUCUGCUUCAGGUUCCAAUCUUGCACAGUUGCUUGAGUAUUCAGAGGCUUUUUUCUUCAUUGCAGAGGGAUCCUGUUGUCUUUGAUGAAGUUUUUCAAGCAUUAUGUUGACUUUACAUCCCAGUUCAUGUUUUUAUAAAUUAUUUUAAAAAAUUAUAGUUUGCUCGACAACAGUGACACAAGCCUGAUCCAAAUAAAAUGGUUUAUUAAACACAAAGUAAGUAAAUAUAAUUCAAAUAAAUGCAUGGCAGUAUUGUGAGUGCA